CCUGAGACUGUGCCCAAGAGACUGUGUGGCUCAGUGGGUCGACGUCAACGUCAGCCAUCAGGCUAGGCCCAAUGCAGACGACAGGCAGGCCGGGCAGGCAGGCACGCUGAUUUCAUCACACCUCACAUUCAUUCAUUCAUUCACUCUCCCUCUCGCUCUCCCAUGGGCCCCCGUCCGCAUAUCCCACUGCAAAUGUACCUGUCGCCCCGACGCCACACCACCGCUGCUUCGACCGCAAACUCCCCGCGCUGCGGCGCCGUCCAACGACCGCCUGCCGCGUGCUGGCCAGGACCGCCUCAUCUAUUUUGACCGCCCUUGGUCUCGGACCUCGCUGCUAUCCAGGCCCUCUCCAAGCCAACUUCCGGCGAAUCGCGCACGACAUGCCACGAGCGCUCUUGCCCAUUGAAGCAAGAGAAGCUCCAUCAUGACCUCGACUACCCCCGACGACGACGACUAUCACUCCAUUACCGGCGUGCUGCAGUCCGCAGAGCCCACCACGUCGACGACGCCCACGACACUGCACACCCCAGCACCACCAGAACCCGCGCCCUCCCGUGAUAUCUCUCCAAACAAGGGCCACCAAGCUCCUGCUGCUACUCCUGCUGCUGCUACUACUGCUGCUGCACCCGAGAGCGAGCCCACUGCAUCUAUGCGACACCACACGCUGGCUGGGCCACGCUCGCUCAACGCCUCGGGCUCGCCAUCGUCAGCAGCCUCGCCGCUCUCUUCGCGAGACGCUUCACCCGCCCGCCCCCACCAGCGCACCGCUGCCCCCACGGGAACUGCCCCCAGGUCUGGCUUCCGUUCACGCAAGAGCAGUACCGACGUGAGCCCUCACAGGCUCCCCAGCCUUGGCGGGUCAGGCACCAAGACUCCUUCCGCCGCCUCUAUCAAGCGCGCUCUGUCCUCAACGAGCAUACCUGAACUCCCACCAGCCUCGUCCUCAGAAACUACGAGGGCGCCCCGGCCCUUGAAGUCUACUUCCGGCCCCAAUUCAGGUGACAACACGCCUCAUUGGCCCAUCUCGCCUCGUCUUAGGUCCCCGCCGCCUGGGGAUGACGGCCGCUCGCGUUCACGCGCAAACUCUCUUCGCUCGCAGCUCAAGAAGCCCGACGCUCAAUCUAUGCCCGCCAUCGUCGUCCAGAGCUCCUCGCCUGCCCCACAUUCUCGCUUUCCUGUAAGGGAGGAGGCCGUGGCUAGCGACCCAGACGAGCCUGUGCUGAGCAUGAAAGUGUCGUCUCGCGGUGCCAGCGGUGUUGCUCCCAAGCUGGAGACGGUUCAAGAAUCAAGCCUGCCUGCUACUCCCGGGUUUGACGGUCUUGAAGUGCAAAGUUUUAUCCACCCUGCUACAACGCACAGAAGCUCCACCGAAGAGCGAAAUGACGUCAGCUCAUCCAAAGUCACCGAAGACCUCAGCACCAAGCACAACAACACCAUGAACACGGAGAGCGGAAGCGACAGCGCCACCAAGACCGGCAAGACGGCCAAGAUGCAGGAACAGCGCGCUUCAUCUACACAUCGGCCUAAGACCAUCUCUGCAAAACCAUCGCUAUCGUCGCUGUCAAAUAGGUCUCGGACGGAGCCACCUUUGCGCAACAUGACAGUCGAGACGGAAACCGUCCCUUCAAUAGCGCAGGCGACUAUCGGCAACCAAGAUCGCUCCGCGUCAGGACGCGUCGACGGAAGCUUGCGGCUGAAGCCAAGCAAUGAGACAAUACGCCCCAAGAAAGAGAGAAAACCCCCGAAGCGAAAAGCACCGUCGAUCAAUUCGGGUACUGGCUUUCGCAAAGCUUCAUCCAAAGCAGAUGUUUUCGAACAGAAGGUAGCCAGCGCAGUUGACCAGGCAAACUCAUCCGACUCGGACGCUACCUUCAUUUACGAGUCAAACCCGCCCGAACAACCGCAUCGCAGUCGACACCACCACUCACGAACACCUAGUAUGACAUCGAUCGCAAGCCUCGCAGAUCCCCGACUUGCGAUACGCGAUGCGCACAAAAAUCCCAACAAGAAGAGCAGUAUGAAGUUUACGAAUCCCUACAAUAACCCAAGCAUAGACGGCGAUUCACUGGAUCGUGGCGAAGGUACCAUUCGAAUUGGGUCAGGUCGAGUAAGCGGAGGCAGCCACCAUCACCACAUUGGAAGACAUGGCCAAGGCCGAGGCACCCUGAAUCACCUCGUACUAGACAGCGACUCGUCAAUGGCGCAGUCCUCGCGUGCACGCGGCCCGUCGUCAAGACAAGCAUCGCAGCCAAACAGUCCUCGUUUUCACACGUUCAGUGUAGCCAAUGGCCAGAGCAAUGGUAUAAAGAAGCAUGGAGAGUACUCGACGUACGACGUGGACGCAGAGAACGUUGCCGAUGAUGAGCGAACACCCUUGAUUCCAACAGGCCGAAGCCCACGUGUUCGAACUCCUCGCCAACGAAACAGCACGGCCCUACGCGGGCUGGAACGCCGGCAUCGUCACGAUAGUGGCUGGUGUCGCCGCUUCGCCGGAUGUCUUGUUCUCUCGAUAUUACUUCUCGUGGUCAUCUUCAGCUCCGUUGGAUUAGUGUUUGCGACCACUAAGCCUCUAACUAGCGUCAUGGUUAGGGACAUACAAAAUGUCGUUGCAAGCCAGGAAGAGAUUAUGCUUGACUUGAUCGUCAACGCUGUCAAUCCCAAUAUCAUUGGUGUCACCGUUUCCGACAUGGAUGUGUUUAUAUUCGCAAAGAGCAAACACCUAGGGUCAGACAAAUGGUGGCGCGAACAUGGGAACGGGCCGCAUGAUAAGAAAGAGGACUGGCAGCCGAUCAUAGAUGUCCCGACCACCAGUGGGGAAACCGAAGUAGCCACCAAUGGUAUCGAUGAAGGAACUGAUCCCAUCGAGAGCGAACCGCGUACCAUGACACUUGGCCGCAUCUUCCACUUCGACUCGCCACUGAACUUUGAUGGUUCAUUCUUCCAGCGAACUCGUGCCGAGUCUAUCGGCGAGAUACGACUAUUCAAACCCGGCAACAAGACAGAAGCUGGCGGAACGGAACGCUGGGAAGAGGUUCUCCAGCAUCCUUUCGAGCUCAUCGUCCAAGGCAACUUCAAGUACACAUUACCACUCAGCACACGCGAGCACAAAGUCCCUAUCACAGCAUCCUACUACUAUGAUCCGGAUCUCGAGAAGAAAAAGCUCAUCGAUAUUGAAGCAGAGAAAGUCGAAGAAAAUAACAUUAAGCUAUCACACGCUGUACCAUCAACACGACUAGGACGAUAUGAUCGCAGAGCAUUACCGCUUCUGAAAUCCCAAUAGUCCAUCAUUCCAUUAUGUACUACAACAGCGCCCGUGCUCGGAGUGGUCAGCCAGCAUCCGCGGCCCCGAUAACAUGCUCAAAAAGAAGACCGAUACCCCCAUAAACACGAGUUACGACCCUAUAGACCUGUUUCAGCCCGGCAAAUGCAACCGCGGCUUUUUAGCUUCACAGCUAUUACGAAUUUCUUUUCCUUUUCAACAUCGCCUUGUCACCACUUGGGACAAAAGGCUAGCCCCUGAUCAUCUGAGCCAGUAAAUUGCCUAGCGAUUCAGCGACAUGCAGCGACGGUGUUUGUAUCACGAUAGUCUGAGUUUAAUCUUUGGGAUUUUGCCUCCGU